GUACUACAUAAAAAUCUUACCCUUGAAGGUAUCCCUGAUGAUAACCAUUUGGACAGUUCAGAUGUGGGACAGUUCAGAUGUGGACCGUUCCAGUCCUCAUUUUGUAGGACACAUUCAUUCAACAUGUGCCAUCCCCGGACUGCAGGGAAUAUGUAAUGUUGUCAGUCAUCUGUUGCACUCCCAUAAUAAAAAUUAUGUCAUGAACUCACCUCUUGAAGAAAUGUCUAGAGGCAGAUGAUCACCAUAGCUUGGAGGGGAUAAGACAGGAUGAAGGUCAGCCCGCUACAUCUGCAGCAGCCAGGAGGGAAGAUUGUGUCACUAACCCGGGCUGGAGGACAAAGACAAAGAGGCUGAGCAUGCAGGAGAAACUGGCCAUGGAAUUUCCUGAGCACAAACUAAUGUAUUUAAAAAAAGAGCAUGAUAUGAAGACGCGAAUCCUUCAUGUUGAGUUGGCUAUGAAGAAGGAGGAGAGAAACAGGAAGCAUCAGCAGUACAAAUGUUUUUCUCGAAACAGCACCAGUUUGGGGUCCCGAUAUUUCCAUUUGUGA